CUCCCCCUCCUCCCAGCCCUGACCCACCUUCUCCUCUCCGCGACCAAAUCUGCCGCCGCGCCGCCGGAAGGAAGAGAGCCCCGCCGCGCCGCCAUGAACACCGACAUCACCUCGUCAGUGAAGCCGGAGUACCCGGUGGUGGACCGGAACCCUGCCUUCACCAAGGUCGUCGGAAACUUCUCCGCGCUCGACUACUUCCGCCUCUCCACCAUCUCCGCCGUCUCCGUCACCGUCGGCUACCUCUCCGGGAUCAAGCCGGGGAUCCGCGGGCCGUCCAUGGUGACCGGGGGCCUCAUCGGGGUGCUGGGAGGGUUCAUGUACGCCUACCAGAACUCCGCCGGGCGCCUCAUGGGGUUCUUCCCCAACGAGGCCGAGGUCGCGCGCUACAAGUACAGGCUGCAGUAGGGAGCCAUCGUUUCCCCUCAGCUCUCUACCGACAUCUUUUACCUUCCUGAUCUCGUCUUAGCUUCACCUGAUAUGGGCAAUGUAUGGCCUCGGUUGAAUAAAUGUGGUACCUUGCUGCACAGUUGUGAGGAAUUCAUGCUAUGAUUUAUCUCUUUUUUGGUA